AUGAAGUUCCUUGAUAAGUUUGAGUUACCCCGGGCAGAUCCUGGAACAAAGGAAUUCCCAAUAUUGGACUCGCUAUGGCCAUCGACUCUCAUUUGCUUGGGAUAUUUACUAUUCACACUUAAGCUUGGACCUAUUUAUAUGCGGAACCGCCAGCCGUAUAACGUGAAAGCCUUCAUGCUCGUCUAUAAUAUCGUUCAAGUGAUCUACAAUGGAAUAAUGUUCUCUUACGUAUGUAUCUCGGACAUCCCGGUUUAGUUGACAACAAUUCUACAGAGUUUCCUUAAAGGGGGUGUACCGAGUUAUCAUUAAUCCGGCGUACGACAAUAAAUG